GGCUCGGCACAGUCGUUCAAUUCAAUUUCCUUCUCUCUCUUCCCCUUUCUUUUUCAGUUUUUCUUUUUCGAGCAAUUCAAUACACACAGUCUCUCUCUCUCUACUUCUUGCUGUCUGUUUCCUCUCUCCUCCUACUCUUAUCUCUGUGUCUGUACAGUGGUAGCCACCGUCUGUUCGUAGGAUUCCCACCUAUCUUCCCCAUCGCAAAAGCGCCAUUAGAACACUGCACCAAGAGCUUGACUGCUUUACAGAGAGAGAGAGAGAGACUGAACGAUUGCCGGACCAGGGCAAAGAGGGGAGAAAGGCAAAGUUACUAUCUGCAGAUUCCGUCGAUGCCUGUCCCGUUGUCUCCGGCGACUCCUUGCGCCGGGAAUGCUCUGAUUCUGUGAAGGGCAUAGAGACCCACUUCCGUUUCUCGGAGACCCAGAGAGAGAGAGGGGGGGAUAGCGAUAAGGAUAAGAAGAAAUGCGGGAGGAGCUCUACCUUCACGAACUCAACGACAUCGUUUCGAUGAAGAAGAAGAAGCCCGACUCGCAAGACGGUGCCACUCCUCCCACUCCCCCGGCCGUCACCGUCUGCCGGAGCAGAUCUCAGCCGGGCAACCGCCGGGUCACUCCCACGACGGCCUCCGGGGCCUCCGUCGAGAAGGCCCUGGCCAACGGCGAUCUCUACACCGGGGGGUUCUCUAGCAACGCGCCUCACGGAUCCGGCAAGUACCUCUGGUCGGACGGGUGCAUGUACGAGGGUGAGUGGCGGCGGGGCAAGGCCUCCGGGAAGGGUAAGUUCUCGUGGCCGUCGGGGGCGACCUACGAGGGCGAGUUUCGGUCGGGUCGGAUCGAGGGCUCCGGGACCUUCACCGGACCCGACGGGGACACCUACCGGGGUUCCUGGGUGGCGGAUCGGAAGCACGGGUACGGACUGAAACGGUACGCCAACGGAGACUUCUACGACGGCCAUUGGAAGCGGAACCUCCAGGACGGGCAUGGGCGCUACGUUUGGAGGAACGGGAACGAGUACAUCGGAGAGUGGAAGAACGGUGUAAUCUUCGGUAAGGGAGUCUUAAUCUGGGCAAACGGAGACCGUUUUGAAGGGCUGUUCGAGAACGGAGUUCCCAAAGGAAAUGGUACUAACAGUUACGGUCCCGCCCAUAAGCGGUACUCCGUCGACAGUGCUCGUGGAAGCGUGAACAAUUUGCCGAGGAUUUGCAUUUGGGAAUCUGAUGGUGAGGCUGGGGAUAUCACCUGCGAUAUAAUCGAUAAUGUGGAGGCCUCGUUUUUCUACCGGGAUCGAUUCAAUGGCUUUCGGGAUUUCCGGAGAGGCCCCUGUUGUUUCAGCGGGGAGGCCAAGAAACCUGGGCAGACGAUCUCGAAGGGGCACAAGAAUUACGAUUUGAUGCUCAACUUGCAGUUGGGUAUUAGGUAUUCUGUCGGGAAGCAUGGAUCGGUGCCACGGGAGUUGCGACAGAGCGAUUUUGACCCGAAGGAGAAGUUCUGGACGAGGUUUCCACCUGAAGGGUCGAAGACUACUCCGCCCCAUCAGUCCGGGGACUUUCGUUGGAAAGACUAUUGUCCCGUUGUCUUCCGGCAUUUGAGGGAGUUGUUCCAAAUAGAUCCAGCUGAUUACAUGCUAGCGAUCUGCGGCAACGAUGCUCUGCGGGAGCUCUCUUCCCCCGGAAAGAGUGGAAGCUUCUUUUACCUCACUCAUGAUGAUAGGUUCAUGAUAAAGACCGUGAAGAAAUCAGAAGUCAAGGUGCUUAUUAGAAUGCUCCAGAGUUAUCACCGCCACGUCUCUCGGUAUGAGAACUCCCUUGUGACGAAAUUCUUGGGCGUCCAUUGCGUGAAACCUAUUGGUGGACUGAAGACCCGAUUCAUUGUGAUGGGCAAUUUGUUCUGCUCGGAAUAUCGAAUCCACCGAAGGUUCGAUUUGAAAGGAUCAUCGCAUGGCCGCACAACUGACAAGCCAGAGGGCGAGAUUGAUGAGACCACAACACUGAAAGACCUUGAUCUCAACUUCGUGUUUCGUUUGCAAAGAAAUUGGUACCAGGAACUUAUAAAACAAAUCAGUCGAGAUUGCGAGUUCUUGGAAGCGGAGAGGAUUAUGGACUACAGUCUUUUGGUCGGUGUUCACUUCCGCGAUGACAACACCUGCGAGAAAAUGGGGUUGUCACCAUUUCUGUUGCGAUCAGGCAGAAAGGAUUCAUUUCAAAAUGAGAAGUUCAUGCGAGGGUGCCGUUUCCUAGAGGCAGAGCUUCAAAACAUGGAUCGAAUUUUAGCUGGCCGGAAACCGCUGAUAAGAUUAGGGGCAAACAUGCCCGCGAGGGCAGAGACGAUGGCUCGGAGGAGUGACUUUGAUCAGUACAUGACACCAGGCGGAGUGACCCACUUGACACCUUCGAGGAACCGUGGGACGUAUGAGGUGGUCCUAUACUUUGGCAUCAUCGACAUAUUGCAGGACUAUGACAUCAGCAAGAAGAUCGAGCACGCCUACAAGUCCCUCCAAGUGGACCCCGCAUCGAUCUCAGCAGUGGACCCGAAGCUCUACUCCAAGAGGUUCCGGGACUUCAUAGGGAGAAUCUUCGUCGAGGAGAGGUAGCAAAUGAGGGAAAACAAGCAUUCACCACAAGAACAUAAACAUUGCUCUGCCAGGAGAUCCCAUUUGGUGUGGAACCCGUGCGAUAUCUCAUCGGGAGUUUUGAGUCUCCCAGGGGCUGAAUUUUGCGGAUCAGCCGACAAGAAGGGCCGCGCAGCACGGCUGUACAUUGAUUGGUAACGGGGUUGGAUUCUUUUUUCCUUCUUUUUUCUGGGUGUUGUGAGUUUUUUUGAGGAAAGAAAGGAAAUGUCGAAGGCUCCAAACCACAAAUAGAGGUGUUCUUAGAGGGUAACAUAGGAAGUGAGUGGGUUUGCUUUUCCCACCUUAGGCGAGUGAGUGUUUUAGAGAAAUAACGAGAAAAUUGUACAGCUUAUAGGAAAAUCAAGAGAGAUGAUUUUUGAAUAGUUUAUUAAAUUAAUAUUCUAAUUGAUCAAUGAAAAUAGAAAAGUUUUCACAUGAA